AUGAGACAUUAUUCAGAUCAUCAUAAUGGUUCAUCAUCUGUUAGACGAUUUAUGGAACAUGUAUAUAUACGUGAAGAAGAUAAUGAUAGUGAUGAUGAUAGUAUAAAUUCAGAUUAUGUUAACAAUGAAAUUUCAACGAAAAAAUGUACAUAUAUUGGACCAUUAUCAAUUAUUAUUUGUAUUCCAUCAAUUAUAUUUGUAUUUUACAUAUAUUCAAUGUUCAUUUCACUUACAUCACCAUCAUCUCCUUCUGUUCAUGAACAAUCUUUAUCAUCUGUAAAAAAAAUCAGAACACAAAAUCUAACCAAUCAGUUAUCCCAAGAAUUUCAAGGUCAACAUAAACGACUUUGGGCUCAAAUUCGUUCUGCUUUAGAAUCACCAUUUCAACAUGAAUAUACAAAUCAUCAAAGGCAAACUACUAAUGAAAGGAUUUCUCCUGUAGUACUUCUCAUUGUCAAUCGUUGUAUACAUUCAAUGGUCAAUAAUCAAUCUAAACAACAUCAUUCUACAUUUAAUCACAGUGAAAAUGGAUCAUUUCAUUGUUUUAUUACACGUCUUGGUCAAUUAGUUAAUCAUUUAUAUUUGUCAAAUUCUAAAAAUUCAUGUUCAGUUAUAAAAGCUCACCAAUUGGACUCUUUAAAUAAACAAAAGUUUGACCAAAUGAAAUUAGACUUUGACAAUCAACUUGACAACUUGUAUAAAUCUGGUGAACGUUGUUUUCAUUUCAUUUCAAUUGAUCUACUGCCAGUUGAAAUUGUUCUAUUAUUUCAUGGUUAUACAGAUACAGAAAAUUCAAUUUAUUCCAAUUCCAUUUUAAUAAUAAGUUUAUCAAAAAGAUUUGAUGUAUUUGAAUCAUUGAAUUGUACAAAAAAGUCAGAACAUAUUUUACCUGGUUGUCAAACAGCUGGUCAAUUUGAACAUCAAGUUAAUCAGUUUUUACGUUCUUUAUGGAAUAAAUACUUGGGUAAUGAAGAGGUGGAUGCAUUAAUUUCACGUUUAACUACAAAUAUUAUUAUAUUUCAUACAUAUGAUUAUGAUAUCCAAUAG